CCUGACGGCUCCGCAGCACCUUCCACAGACGCACAGCGGCAGCGCAGCUUCCUUCGACAAUGAUAUUCAAAGCACUUGCAGCUCGUCUGCAGCGAUAAGAGAAAAGCGGAGAGAAAGAGAGAGCCUCACCUCCUCAAAGAGCGAGUGAGGCAGGGAAAAAGAGACGGAAAGCGAUAGAGGAAGAAGAAGAAGAAGUGAAGAGCUUCGACAUGUCGUCGUCCGGGAAAGACAACAGCGGUGCGCAACAUGCCAAUUACGUGGGACCUUAUCGUUUGGAGAAGACACUCGGGAAAGGACAGACAGGUGAUACGUAACUGGCCGCUUAGUUACAAACACCUGCCCAACCAUGUGAGGAAAUGUUGGGGUCGUCAUUUCGCAGGUUUGGUCAAGCUCGGAGUCCACUGUGUAACGUGCCAGAAAGUCGCCAUAAAGAUCGUCAACCGUGAGAAACUCAGCGAGUCAGUACUAAUGAAGGUGGAGCGAGAAAUAGCUAUUCUGAAGCUCAUAGAACACCCGCAUGUUUUAAAGCUACAUGAUGUCUACGAAAAUAAAAAAUACUUGUACCUUGUGCUAGAACAUGUGUCUGGUGGCGAGCUGUUUGACUACUUGGUGAAGAAAGGCAGGUUAACGCCAAAAGAGGCCAGGAAAUUCUUCAGACAGAUCAUGUCUGCCCUGGAUUUUUGCCACAGUCAUUCCAUAUGCCACAGGGACCUGAAGCCAGAGAACCUGUUGCUAGAUGAAAAGAACAACAUCAGGAUAGCAGACUUUGGCAUGGCCUCCCUUCAGGUUGGAGACAGUCUGCUGGAAACCAGCUGUGGAUCUCCACACUACGCCUGUCCAGAGGUCAUCAGGGGAGAGAAGUAUGACGGGAGGAAAGCAGACGUCUGGAGCUGUGGCGUCAUUCUUUUUGCCCUGCUGGUGGGAGCACUGCCAUUUGAUGACGACAACCUGAGGAAUCUGCUGGAGAAGGUGAAGUUGGGAGUGUUUCACAUGCCACAUUUCAUCCCUCCAGACUGUCAGAAUCUUCUCCGUGGCAUGAUCGAAGUGGAUGCCACCAAAAGACUAACGUUAGAACAGAUCCAGAAGCACACAUGGUACAUAGGGGGAAAGAAUGAACCAGAGCCGGAGCAGCCUGUGCCCAGGAAGGUGACCAUCCGCAGCCUCCCCUCCGCAGAUGAUAUUGACCCAGACGUACUGGACAGCAUGCACUCCCUGGGCUGCUUCAGAGACAAAAACAAACUACUGAAAGACCUGCUUUCAGAUGAUGACAACCAAGAAAAGAUGAUCUACUUCCUGUUACUCGACCGUAAAGAGAGGUACCCCAGUCAGGAGGACCAGAACCUUCCCCCACGCAAUGAGAUUGAUCCUCCAAGGAAGCGGGUGGACUCUCCCAUGUUGAACCACCACGGCAAGAGGAGACCAGAGAGGAAGUCCAUGGAGGUCCUCAGUGUCACAGAUGGUGGCUCACCUGUACCGGCCAGGAGGGCAAUCGACAUGACACAACACGGACAAAGUAAAUCAGUAUACAGUAAAAGCUUGGAUAUUCCUGAUGCCGGUAGAAAAUGCAGCAAAGAAGAAAGGUCACGAUCUAUUAGUGGAGCCUCCUCUGGCCUCUCCACCAGCCCCCUCAAUAGCCCACGGGUUACCCCUCACCCCUCCCCUCGAGGCAGCCCCCUCCCCACUCCAAAAGGCACCCCAGUGCACACUCCCAAGGACAGCCCAGCUGGGACCCCCACUCCAACGCCGCCCCCCAGCCCCUCUAUCGGAGGCAUGCCGUGGAGGACACGCCUCAACACUAUCAAGAACAGCUUCCUGGGAUCACCACGCUUCCACCGCAGGAAACUCCAAGUUCCCACACAAGAGGAGAUGUCCAGCCUCACACCAGAGUCUUCCCCAGAGCUUGCCAAAAAAUCAUGGUUUGGUAACUUCAUAAACCUGGAGAAAGAGGAGCAGAUCUUCAUUGUAAUCAAAGACAAGCCUCUCAGCUCCAUCAAGGCUGACAUUGUUCAAGCCUUUCUCUCGAUCCCCAGCCUGAGUCACAGCGUGAUCUCUCAGACCAGUUUCCGAGCAGAGUACAAGUCCACAGCUGGCCCCACAGUCUUCCAGAAGCCAGUCAAAUUUCAGGUGGAUAUCACCUACACGGAGAGCACAGCCGCUACCAAGGAGAAUGGCAUCUACUCUGUCACCUUCACUCUGCUCUCAGGACCCAGCCGGCGUUUUAAACGUGUAGUGGAGACGAUUCAGAGCCAGUUGUUAAGCACACAUGACCAGCCUGGGGUCCAGCAGCUGUCUGGCAGCCCUUUGAGUAACUUCUUUGACGUAAUUAAACAACUUUUUUCAGACGAGAAGAACGGACAGGUGCCCUACCCCUCAGGCACGCCCUCCAAGCACUGCCCCUCGCCCAUGCACAUCCGGAGGCACGAACUGGAAAAUAAUGACACCAAAAGCCUGGCUGCCGGCCGAGAGAGAGCAAGGUUGUCAGUUGCAUCUGUGGGGACACAGGACGAAUCUUAAAUAGAGACGCUGUGUAGUUGGCAUUGGGCUAAAACCGCUCCCAGUAUCCCUAUAAGCCGGUGACACAGAGAGAAGAUUCUGUACAUAGGUAGAUGUACAUAAUCAUUUAUGGACAUUUGUUUUUGUAUAAGUAUACUGAGAGAAUCAAAGUAAUAUUUUACAAACGGCAUACUUCAACUACGUGACAAACACACUCCCCUUUUCAUCAUUCCUCGCUGUCCACCAUUAUCCACUCCUCUACCCUAACCAUCCAAUCACCUGUGACCAUUGCUGUUUUGUGAACUCUUGCUGCUAACCUGUGUGAUGUCCUGACUUGUUUCUGAUACCAGGAAUUAUCCAGAAAACCUAUUAAGUCCCUCGUCCUGCUCCCUGGUCCAUUCGCCCUUGACCACCCUUCCAGCCUCUUGAGCGUGCUGAGAGAAACGGACAUUUGUUGGCGGAGGACUGCUUUUAGAGGUGUGCUGAGGAGAUGACGGGGUUGUUACCAUGGAAACAGACCCUUCAUGCAGACUUCCACCUUUAUUUCCCUCUGCACUCCUUCUCCACCUGUGGUAGCCACAUGUAGAAGUAGGUGAAAUACCUUUAGUGUUCCCUCUCGUCGAAAAAUACACACACAGCUCAUCCACAUACAUGCCAAUGAAACAAGAAUGCACCACCACAAUCGUCCCUCCCUCCUCCACUGCCACAACAUAGCCCCUUUUCUCUCUUUGAUCACAAGGAGCAUUCAUUAAUUGCAAAACAAACAUUUCAAAAAGACAGAAAAAACAUAUACGUGCACAGGUCGAGUAUGCACAGAAAACUCUGGGAUGUAUUAACAAGAACAACAACAAAAGACCACAUGCAGAAACGCUGACUGGUUCAGAGGAGGAGAGAAGGGGGAGGAGUUUUGUGGAAACCCCAAACAGCUGAUGCAGAUGCUUGCAGGAUUGUAUUUGUUUGGUUUUUAAUGUACUUUCUUUGUGAAGAACUGGGUUUAAAAUACUGACUUUAUUAGACUUAAUACUAUUGCUGCAAAUGGACUGGAAUUGUGACUUCAGAGAGGAACGGGGUGUGAGCAGAACAGGG